GCUCAGUGGCGCAGCCGUUUAGAAUGUCCGUGCAACUCCUCGUGCUGGCAAUCUUAUGUAGCUGGCACGAAGGACUCGAGGCGAUGUCGCUUCGGGGCGCCAACCUUUGCACCAGGCUGGCUACGGCCGCGCAGGCCUUGUUGCACUGCAAAGGCUUCGCUGCCUGGCGCGUGCUGGUGGGCGGCCAAGGCGACGAGGUGCAGGAGGUGGAGGGCGGCGGGCCCCUUCUGCUGCUGGAGCGAGCAGCGCAGCUGCGGGAUAAGGUGUGCAAGCCCAAGCCUUCUCUCCAGGCCAAGUGGGACGCGGCCGGUGUGGAUGCGGUGGAUGUCGUGGUCCGAGGCAUCAGCGGAGAGAUUCUACUGGAGGAGCCUGGUGCAAAGUCAAGGACUCCCGUGAAGGUGCUGGUGCAGAAGCUUCGCGUGCUCCUGGACACGGAGGUGGAGCUGGUGCAGCUCUGCUGCGGCACCACCGUGCUGAAGCACAGCGGAGUCCUGGGCGAUUACAUUGCUCCCGAAGGCGGCACACAGGAGCUGACGUUCCUGAAACUUCAUGGGCCUGCGUGCACGGUGGAGGCGCUGAGCAAAAGGGACAUCAAGCUGCUGGACUCGGUGCCCAAGGAGGGUCAACGCUGCCACACCGAUCGCAAUUACGUCUUCUACUCUUUGGGCAGCUUUGCGGACAAGCCGUCAAUGCGAUACUUGCUGACCAGCAACGAUGACAAGGGGACGCCUGCUGACCUACCAAUGUGGCGGCUGAACAUUCGAAUGCCUGUGGUGGUCUACCUGAACUUCCGCUCUGAGCGCCAUGCCGCACAGGCACGCACUUGGCUCCGAGGCUGGACCAAGUCCACAACCAUGGAGAGCACCGUGAGCUCGGGCAUCCCCAAUGGCCCCUACCACGGUCCCAUCUACUACAAGGCGGUGGACAGCGGCACGCUGGACCUGAACGGCAGUCACUGCGGCGAAGGCACCUACUUCGUCUUUGUUGACGUCCAACCUGAGAGUUGAGUUGUUGCGCGCAUCUUCCGCGGCGUCGCUUCGGAGCAGCUGGAGUAGGAUUAGAGAUGUGGUGUCUGUCUUUGUCGGGUACCCUUUUUUCA